CUGCUCCUCCUCGGCAUCGUCCCGUCUGGCGCGAUCCACCAUCGAACCAACCCGAGUCUCAGCAGCGACCACGACGUAAUUAAUCAUGCCAGUCGUGCCGGCUUUGGCCGAAGGUGCUGGCCAGCUGGAGGACCUCGACGAGCCUCCAGAGCCUCGCGUUCGCGGAGGAAGCGGAAGGGCCAGCCUGAUGAAGCCUCUGGUCGUCCUCGCGCUUCCUGGCAUGUAUCUUUUCUACAAGUACAGCCAAUACAGGAGGGAACAACGCGAGCUAUCGCGGAGGCGGGUUACCGAGAGGGAACUUCAGCAUCUUCAUCACAAGAUCGACAAACUGUUAACCAAGUUGGAGAAGAACGAGCCAGAGUUAGCCUCCUCUCAAGAAGACGAGUGCGUGAUCUGUGUGAAUGCCAGAGCCACGAUGCAAACUGCUCCGUGUGGUCAUCGAGUCGUUUGCAGGCGAUGCUUCGUCAAGACGAUACAAAUGGCCGUCUCGCAAAGGCUUUUACCCUUGAGAUGCGUCAUAUGCAGAGCAAAGAUCCUACGUCUGAAGCAAACCCUUAUCCCUCGGGACUACUCGAUGUCAGGCAAGUCUUGGGUUCUGCCACAAAGCGCGUCAGAGUAUAACAUGGGGACAGGAGUAUCCGUGGGAGUGACAGGACCCGGUGGUAGGUGGGUUCCUGGAAGCGUACCAGCCUCCGCAUCCCUGUACUCUAUGGCCAGUGGUUCAUCCUCUAUUUCUGGAGUGUCUUCCGUAUCUUCUUCGAGUUCGUCUUCUGCAAGUAGCACAGGAAGCUCUAAUCUUGGCAAACCUACGAGGGUGAGGCAACCUUCCGGCGCGACUCUCAGACGCUCACAGACGCAGUCCAUGAAGAUGAGAAUUCAGGAGUAUCAAGAUCCGGUUCAGCUGGGCGCCGAGGAGGAAGAGGUGAUGCGCGCGGGGAAGGCAUCCACUAGGAUAAGAUGUGCUCAAAAGAUCGUGACCCAAUUGGAAACGUCUCCGAGCCCUAGGGACUCGAGUAACGUGACCAGCUCGACGUCCGCGACGUCGACGAAGUCUUCGUCGAAGAGGCCUCCGUCGGCGCCGAAGUUGUCGGUGGUCCAGGAGAUUCAGAAGUCGAAGAAGGAGAAGGAGAGGGAGAAGGAGCGGGAAAAGGCGGAGAAAGCUCGCCAGAAGGAGGAAGAGAAGGCCGAGAAGACUAGACAGAAGGAGGCCAAGAAGCUGGCCAAGGAAGAGAAGAAGAGGGCGAAGAAGGAGGCAAAAGCGAGGCGAAAGGAGGCCGAAGAAGCCCUCCUGAGAGAAGAAAAGUAGUCUUCGAGUCGAAUAGGAACGACACGUAGAAGUUCAGAGCGAUCAAUAAGGUAUUCCAAAAGCCUGAAAUAGGAAUUUUGAAUACACUUGAUCUCAUCGUACUCGGAGCUCGCUCAGGCUGCUUCGCGGACGCGAUUAUUAUUAAACGAAAUCAAAGGAUUCACGAGCAUUUUGUAAUUCUUAGAGUCUAGCUAGAGUU